UCUCAUCCUCUCCCAUCUUACUGCAAAGUGCAAAGCUCACAUACGUGCCCAGUACACAGUCCUACUGCUCAUCAUCCAAGUUCUUCAAGGAUACAGAUUGAUCAAUGGCUUCUUCUUGCUCUUCUUCCGUGCUUCUCGGAGGCUCCGGUGCCGCCGUGGUCACCGGCGCCACGGCUCCUCCCAGCAGGCCUUGUUUCCUUGCCCCUCGGCCCCGCGCCCUGAGCGGCGCCGGCCGCCUCUGCCUUCAAACCGCUCCCAGAGCGACCCCGGAGUACAAAGACGCGGCGGACGCCACGGAAGGGGCCAUCGACACCUUGAAGGGGCUGGCCGCGGACGUCAAGGACGGCGUGGAGAAGGCGGCCGGCAAGGCGGAGGCGUCGCAGGAGAAGACGGCGGAGAGCGCGGGGGCAGCCUUGGAGAGCGCGGGGGAGGCCAAGGACAGCGCGGUGGAGGGCGCCGUGAGCGCCGGCGAGAGCGCGUCCGAGACGGUGCAGGACCUCGGCGGGCAGGCGAAGAAGGCCACGGAGGACGCGCUCGGCGGCGCCAAGGAGGCCGCGCUCGGCGUCAAGGACAAGCUCGCCGACGCCGUCAAGGAUUUGAAAUGAAUGUCGAUUCACUCACCAAAGGUCACCAGCUGAAUGAUGCAUGGCAGUCAGUGUGUGUUCUGGGAUCACAUCACUGGUGCUCUGUAUCAGCCUAGUGUAUUUAGUAUUCCCCUACAUUUUAACGGCGCUUUUGGUCUGCUUCAAUGUAAACCUUGAAUAUAUAGACUUUAAUUUUUUUCAAGCAAGCA